CAAUCCUAAUCAACGAACAUGAGCCACACGUAAGCUGGAGACAGACAAUUAUGUCAACUCACGUGUUGGGCUCUCAUUGGCUUAUUAUAUAGUGAAGAAUCUAAGAUAGAUGGAACAUGUACAUGCAAUAAUAGAAGAGGAUAUGAUAGAUGAAACAUAUAUAGGCAAUGAUAGAAGAGGAUAAUCUUGUAUGUGAUCUUUGAGAUCCUUCUCUUUCCCUUACUUUGAACAUCUCUAAUUUUUUUUCUUGUGAUUUCCUUGUUAGGAACAAGGAAUGGCAGAAGCAGUUGUAUCCGGCAUUCUUCAACUAGUUAUCGGAAAACUAACCUUGCCAAUCCUAGAACAGUGUAAACUGUUCUGGGGUGUUGACAAGGAGAUGGAAAAUCUAAUAAGUAAGUUAUCGACGAUAGAAGCAGUGCUUGCAGAUGCAGAGGAGCAGCCAGUACAGAGCAAGGCGCUACAGAAUUGGCUGGGAAAGCUUAAAGAUGUGGUUUAUGAUGCAGAAGACAUAUUGGAUGAGUUCACAAACGAAGUGGAAGCGGAAGCAAAUGUGGAAACUAAACGCAGAAAAGUGAAGAUUGGGGAUUGCAUUACGAAGGCAUGCAACUUCUUUUCGUCAUCUAACCCACUGGUAUCCCGUUCAAAUAUGGGGAAUAAGAUAAAGGAGAUAGGACUGCGAUUAGAUGCGAUUGCUGAGGAGAGGUCUAAAUUCCAUUUGAGAGGGGGAGAACGGGUGUCGGAUAUUAAAGGCCGAGAACCAACUGACUCGUUUGUAAUUGAAUCAGAUGUUUAUGGAAGGGAAGAAGAUAAAAGAAGGGUAAUGGAAUUACUUAUUAAUGAGGAUUACAUAGAGGAUGUUAUGGUCAUUCCUAUUGUCGGUAUGGGGGGACUUGGAAAGACAACAGUUGCUCAGCUAGCAUACAAUGAUGCGAGGGUGGAGAGGCAUUUCGAUUUAAGAAUGUGGGUUUGUGUGUCAGAUGAUUUCGAUGUGCAGAGGCUAACAAAAGCAAUUUUAGAAUCUGCUGCGGACAACAAAUGUGAUCUCCUAGAUGUGGAUUUACUGCAGCGUCGCCUUCGAGAAAAGCUGAGUGGGAAGAAGUUCUUACUUGUGUUGGAUGAUGUAUGGGAUGAAAAUCCCGAGAAAUGGUAUCGGUUGAAACAAUUUCUCAGAGGAGGUGCAAGGGGUAGUAAAAUCAUAGUAACUACCCGCAUUGAAAAAGUUGCUUUAAUCGUGGGCACUCUCCCUCCACAGCAUUUGCAGAGAUUAUCAGAUGAUGAUUGUUGGUCUCUGUUCAAGCAGCAGGCAUUUGGGCAUGGAAGACAAGAACAUCCAAACUUUGUAAUGCUUGGAAAAGAAAUUGUGAAGAAGUGCGGGGGCAUCCCUUUGGCAGCGAAGGCGCUCGGAAGCUUGAUGCGCUUUAAAACAGAGGAAAGAGAGUGGUUGUUUGUCAAAGAAAGUGACAUUUGGAAUCUACCUGAAGAAGAGAAUCACAUUUUACCUGCUUUGAGGUUGAGUUAUUAUCAUCUUCCACCACAUUUGAAGCAAUGCUUUGCAUAUUGCUCAAUAUUUCCAAAAGAUUAUGAAAUCGAGAAGGAGAAGCUAAUCCGACUAUGGAUGGCAGAAGGUUUCAUUAAAUCAUCAGGCAGAAGUCAACAAAUGGAAGACGUGGGUGGAGAGUAUUUCAAUAAUCUAUUAUGGAGGUCCUUCUUUCAGGAUGUUCAGAAAAAUAAAGAUGGGAAUAUAGUAAGGUGCAAGAUGCAUGACCUUGUGCAUGAUCUUGCAUGCUCUGUUGCUAAAAAUGAAUGCUCGAUUGUGCAGGUCAGGAAUGCAAUGAGUAUCCCUAACAUAUCUCGUCGUUUGUUGUUGGAGUGCGGGGAUAACAUAUGUGCCCUAACAGACCCAGAGCCCUCAAGGAGAGCAAACCAUUUGCGAACGCUGCUUGUUCUUGGAAGUCAGUAUUUCAGCAUUUCUCAUAAUUUUUUGGUACAUUUUAUGUUCUUACGUGUGCUAGAUUUAAACUGUGUGAAUGUCACCGUGGAGUUGUUGGUUUCAAUCAGCAGGUUGAAGCACUUAAGAUACCUUGAGUUCUCUAAUACUGAAAUACAAGCCCUUCCUGAAUCCAUUUGCACCCUUCACCAUUUGCAAACCUUGAGACUCUCGAACUGUUAUAAACUUGCAGAGUUACCCAGGGACAUGAGCAAAAUGACUAGCUUAAGGCAUCUUGAUAUCAGUGAAUAUUUUAAAUUGACCCAUAUGCCAGCUAAUAUGGGAGAAUUAAAGUUCCUUCAGACCUUGCCAAUAUUCAUAGUUGGUAAGGAUAGUGGAUGUGGUAUAAGAGAGCUGCAAGGUCUAUACCUAGGAGGAAACUUGACUAUUCGAAACCUCGAGAAUGUGAUGUGUGCAGCAGAUGCCCAGGAAGCAAACUUGAAGAAUAAGCCAAACCUUUGUAUGUUAUACUUUUCAUGGGGUCGUGAUAUUGAUCUUCAGUUGAAAGUAAACAUUGAGCAAACCUUUGAAGGUCUCCGACCACAUUCAAAUCUCAAAACGUUGACUGUGGAAGGGUAUAUGGGUGUCAGAUUUCCACAUUGGAUGAGUUCUUCAUUGCUUCCGAAUCUGAUUGAAGUUUCACUGAUCAAUUGCAGAAGAUGUGAACAGCUCCCCCCACUCGGCCACUUAUCAUUCCUGAAGGUUCUUGUGAUACAAGGAAUGGAUGCUGUGAAAUCUAUUGGCAACCAUUUUUACGGCAGCAAUGAUGUCACAGAGGCAUUCCCAUCACUGAAACGACUCACCAUCCGAGAUAUGCCUAAUUUAGAGGAGUGGUCAGGAUCCAAUGGAAGAGAAGUACUCCCUCACCUUGUCAAUUUAACUGUCUGGGGAUGUCCAAAGUUAACAACGCUUCCAUUCCUUCCUUCUCUAAAAAAAUUGAAAUUGAAGGAUGGUAAUGAGAUGUUGUUAGGUUCAGUGGCAAAUCUAUCCUCACUUUCCUCCCUUUACAUUGAAGGUUUCAAGGAGCUAAGGUCGCUGCCAGAUUGGUUGUUUGAAAACCAUACCCAUCUCUCGGGCCUAACAAUUCGGGACUGCAGUAUGUUGGUAUCUUUGCCAGAGCAUUUACAAAACCUCUCCUCUCUCCGUCAGCUGUGGAUUGAAGACUGCAAUGGUCUAACGUCCUCGAGACUACAAGGCUUGAGCUCUCUUCAACAUCUUUCCAUCCAAGGGUGUCAAAGCUUAACGAGUUUGAUAGGGGGACUGCAACAACUCACUGCCUUACAAUCCUUGGAAAUUAUUAAUUGUCGGGAGCUGGAAUAUUUACCAGAGGAUAUGCAACACCUUACUUCCCUUCGACACCUCAAUAUAUACAGCUGUCAGAAGUUGACAUAUUUGCCGGAAGGGCUACGACAUGUCACAACACUGGAAGGCCUACGAAUCGGUAGUCGGGGAACUGGAAUGACUCUGCCGGAGUGGAUAGGAAACCUGUCCUCGCUUCGACGUUUGGAGAUUAACCAUUGUGAUAAAUUGACGUGUUUGCCAUCAGGGUUGCAACUCCUAACAAACCUCCAACACCUACGAAUCUGCCGUUGGCCAUGUCUAACAGCUCUGCCGGAGUGGAUAGGAAACCUCUCAUCGCUUCGAUUUUUGGAAAUUGAAUAUUGUCCUCGAUUGGAGUGUUUGCCAUCAGGGUUGCAACUGCUAACAAAUCUCCAACGUCUAACAAUCAUAAGCUGUCGCCAAUUAGAGAAGCGAUGCGAGAAGGAGAAAGGCGAGGAUUGGCACUACAUAUCAUUAAAAUUAUUUAAUUUGCUGUUGGUAGCAGGGUAUUGGAUGCUCUAG